GGCGAUGGCUGAGACCAGAAAAGCACACCAAAGCCCAGAUGCUGGACCUGGUGGUUCUGGAGCAGCUCCUGGCUCUUCUGCCCCCAGAGAUGGAGGGCUGGGUGAGGGAAUGUGGAGCAGAGAUCAGCUCCCAGGCGGUGGCCCUGGCAGAAGGCUUCCUCCUGAGCCAGGAGGAGGAGCAGAAGAAGCAGGUCCAGUUGCAGGGCUGCAUUGUGGAAAAAAGAGAUCCCGAGGGAAAGAAGAAUCUAUCAAAUCCCCCUCAGGAGCUAUUUUUCAGGAGGAUCCCUUGGGUAGAUCAAAGUCAGGACACCUCAGGAGAGAAACAAAGCAUGAAGUUUUCUGGUUUUUACGAUGGAGCUCAAACAGUAGUUGAACUUCCAAAUCAAGGGAGUCUUGUGUCCUUCGAGGAAGUGGCUGUGUAUUUCUCUGAGGAGGAAUGGUCUCAGCUGGAUCCUGACCAUAAAGCGCUGCAUUCGGAAGUCAUGCUUGAAAACCAUAGGAACGUGGUCUCUCUGGGUAAUAAUGGGCAGGAGAAUCAAGACUCCUAUGAACUGUUCCAAGUGAUCAAUGCUAAAGAUGAAAUGGAGAACUUUGGAAUUCAAAUGGAAUUAGAAAGCCAUGAGACAAACCAGUCAAAUAAUUGGAAUCAGGAUAGCUCAUCUUCCACUGAUGCUCCGAUGCAAGAGAAAAUUGGGAAAGAAUAUAUUGGGAAAAGUAUGAAACAAAUAGUAUUAACCCAAAACAAAGGAGCUGAUGCUAUAAGCCAGAACGGAAAGAAUUACAAUGGGACAUUGAUUCUUUCUCUUCGAAAUAUCUUCCUUACAUCUCAAAAAAUGAUUCACACAAAAAAGGAGCCUUAUAAAUGUUUGGAAUCUGGAAAACAUUUUAGAUCAAGCGGGCAACUUACUUCCCAUGAAAGGAUUCACACUGCAAGGAAACAGUGUUCAGAAUCACCUGUAGCCCAUGCAGCCCAGUCCCUCCAAGCAGCAGGAGAGAAACCCUAUAAAUGCAUGGAGUGUGGGAAAGCCUUUACUCGUAGCAGGGAACUUACUAUCCACAAAAAGCUUCACACAGGAGAGAAACCAUAUAAAUAUGUGACAUGUGGAAAGACCUUUGCUCAGAGCAGUGGACUUACUAUGCACAAAAAGAUCCACACAGGGGAAAAGCCUUUUAAAUGCAUGGAGUGUGGAAAGACCUUUGGUCGAAGAGAUAAUCUUAUUUCCCAUAAGAUGAUCCACACAGGGGAGAAGCCGUUUAAAUGCAUGGAGUGUGGAAAGAACUUUGCUCGAAGAGGUCAUCUUAUUUCCCAUCAGAUGAUCCACACAGGGGAGAAGCCGUUUAAAUGCAUGGAGUGCGGAGAAACCUUUACUCAUAAAAGUAGUCUUAUUUCCCAUCAGGUGAUCCACACAGGGGAGAAGCCGUAUAAAUGCAUGGAGUGCGGAGAAACCUUUACUCAUAAACGUAGUCUUAUUUCCCAUCAGGUGAUCCAUACAGGGGAGAAGCCGUUUAAAUGCAUGGAGUGUGGAAAGACCUUUGCUCUGAACAGUAGACUUACUAUCCAUAAAAAGAUCCACACAGGAGAAAAACCAUUUAAAUGCAUGGAGUGUGGAAAGACCUUUGCUCGAAGAGAUAAACUUAUUUCCCAUCAGAUGAUCCACACAGGGGAGAAGCCGUAUAAAUGCAUGGAGUGUGGAAAGACCUUUGCUCAGAGCAGUGGACUUACUAACCACAGAAAGAUCCACACAGGGGAAAAGCCAUUUAAAUGCAUGGAAUGUGGAAAAACCUUUCCUCAACGCCGCUAUCUUGCUUCUCAUAAGAUGAUCCACACAAGAGAAGGUAUAAAUGCAUGGAGUGUGGAAAGAUGGGAGCCAUACACCUGAGUGAGUCUGGAGUGGAAAUACCAGAGCAUGCUCCACAGCCAGAUAUUGGAGGGGCUACGUGUGAAAUCCAACAAGCUGAACUUGAGCGGCCUGGGGCAUUUGUACCAGAUCGGGAGAGUCUGCAAGACCCAUAGCCAGCCAACAUUGACAUUUCUUCUCAGGCAGGACUGAUCUACUAAAGCCUCGAGCCCUUCACCGCUAGUGGUAAUACAGCUUGGGAUGCAGAGAUGUCCCCCCCUCCAGGCGGGCCUGGUCGACCACGCUAGAAAUUCAAGCCAUCAGCCCUCCGCAGCCCUGCCUAGCAUGUUCAAGCACUGGGCUGCAAUAAAUCUGCCAAGAUGCCGAAGGCCAGCAAGCCCCUUUGGUCAGUCCAGCUGCCCCCAGCCACCCAGGUGCCACUCAGUUGGGCUUUCUGCCCAAGCCAGGGAUGGGUCCAGGUGCAUCCGCAAUGGCAACCACCUCCCCCAGCAGUGCCACCGCUACUUCCUUCGCCAGCACGGCUGGCCACAACGCCAAGGUUUUGGACCAUUUUCGACGGGAACCUGGACAAACUGUCCUUUUUUCUUGAACUGGACGUGGACACCCUUUUACUGUUAUAGUGACCUCAACUCUAGUUUGAAUUUCUUCUGUUGUUUGAAUAAUAUUCAAUUCUAAUCUUGCAUGAUCACUCGCCCCUAAGGUUCCUGUACCUUCAACACCUCCUAUCGUUUCAUCUCUGUUAAUGAGAAUUAAAUCCAAUAUGGUUGA